GGACAGCAGAGUACUCCUAAACUGCACCUGUUGUUAAUCCAUUUAAUAUGGCCGUAGUUGAUCCUGCAACUGAGGAACUUUAUAUGCCGAGCAGAUGGGUGAAACGAGUAAGAAGUGAGGAAGUUUGCACCCUUCACGUUCAAGUAACAAGUGAACUGAGUAGAAAAUCUCGAAAUAUGCCUCAAGCUCGCUUAGGGGUCAGCACUGGUCCAGAUUCAAGUGAUGUUGUGGAUAUAUUUAAUGAAGCUGGAAUUAGUAGUAGUAUUGUGGUGUAUGUAUCAGGAGGAUACUGGUUGGAUUUAAGUGGGGAUAUAUCUGCGUACACUGUACAACCAUUGGUAGCUCACGGACAUACAGUAGUAGUUGUACACUAUGAUAGGGCUCCUACACAAACAUUCACACAAAUAAUGCAACAGGUGAAUAGGAGCAUAGAGUGGAUAGUUGAAUAUGCUCAGAGAACUAAGAAGAAAAUUUGGCUGUCAGAUGAAGGAACUAUCGCUGCAAGUUGUUUGGAAACUCAGCAGUUGUUGUACAAAUAUGUAGAGGAUUGA